UCUGCACUAGAUCCUACGAUGCAAAAUGCUAUGUGAAAAAGGGCAUAUUUUUAAAUUUAAUCCGAAAUCAAUGUUCAUCUGACGUUUACUUCUUUCUAUAAUCCAUAAUAUUUAACAUGCAGUUCACGGAUCUCCUGUUUUCCCUCGGCAACCCGGUUGAGGAUGCAGAGGAAGAAGCGUUUCUUCUUUUCUCGCAAGAUAUCCCUUCGCAAAACCUGGGUUUUAUAAACUCGCAGUCACACACUGUCGAAGUCUCUGUGCUCAAUCGGGAUCUUACGAUCCACCAGUCGCCAACAGUGCUCUCCUCCAGCAGAGCGGGCGGGACCACGGGGGCAGUCCUUUGGAAGAUCUCCCCUCUCUUUGCCCGAUGGCUCUGCUCGAGCAAUAACAUCCUAUGGGAAUCAUCUAUGCUUCACCAGCACUCUACAGUCAUAGAGCUGGGCUGCGGAGUCGCCGGCGUUCUGGCACUUACCCUCGGUCCUUCCGUAGGGAAAUACAUCGCAACGGAUCAGGAAUACGUCCGAAAGCUAUUCCAAGAAAACCUCGAAGAGAAUCAUCACGUAACGAGGCGCCAUACGGUCCAGGAAGACCGGAGCACCGAUCGCAACCGCCAACACCGUCGCGGCUCCCAGAAGCCAAGGCAUAAAUCGUACCCCGGCUCUGCGAACCGCUCGCCCGCAGAAUCCCAAUCUCGCUCUCGCACAAGGCACGUUACCCAUUCCAGCACAUCGAGCAGAAGUCCCACUGCCCGCGGAGAAUCCGGCGGCAAAGUCGAAUUCGUCCCCCUGGACUGGGAGACCGAUACGCUUUCAAGCAUAACCGGCGUCGUUGAGGACGGCUUCGACCUGCUCCUCUCAUGUGAUUGCAUAUACAAUGACGCACUCAUCAGUCCAUUCGUCCAGACUUGCGUGGAUAUAGCCAGACUCCGACCGUCCCUCGCGGCACAUACAUCCGCGUCUGCAGAUCAAGGAAGAGAGGAUUUGGCACACGGGAAGCCAACGAUAUGCAUUAUUGCGCAGCAAUUACGCUCUCACGAGGUACUUGAGAACUGGCUACGAGAGUCAUUAGCUGAGUUUGCGGUGUGGAGGGUUAGGGAUAAGGUUUUAGAGGCGGCUGGUUUGGGCAGUGGCUCAGGGUAUGUGGUUCAUGUGCUUGUGCUGAGAAAGUAAAAAGUUGGGCUUCAGAGACUUUUGCUGCGGUCUUUUGAAUGUCGUAGUGAAUAUAACGAUGGACUGAGGUUUGUAUCGUAAGCUACUGUACAUUACAUGUUUAGCAGGCGAUGGAAGGACAUCUGUUCUAUGUGGACCUACUGCACCGUUUCAUAUAGCAACAACGGCCUACACAUUGAUGAUCUACCCAUUGAAGUUUGGGAAGGACUUGUUGAAGUAUCGAAUGAUUUCAUCAACAGAAGAUUCAUAAAAUAUACAUCAGGAGAGGAGAAUUCCUAUAUUCCACAGACGGCCUCGACCUUCCUCCAAAGAACCUAA